AUGGCUCCACUUUUCAUGCAAAUACCUUUCUUUUAUGAGAGAAACGCCUGUGUCACCUGUCGACGUGCUAUCAGCAGUAUCACCCAUACCAGGUUGCUGCUGAGUGGUGGUGGAGUAGGGGAAAAUCCCGGCCCUUCACUGCGUGGAAAAACCUUUCUUGAGGAGAAUGUGGCAUUCUGCCUUCUAAGCGAAACGAAACUAUCUUCUGCGGAAGCGUCGAGUUUCACAAUCGCUGGUUACCAACAUCAUGGAGUGUCCCACCCCUCUAAAGGAGGCGGUGUUUCGAUUCUUGUGCGUGAAGAUCUGCCAGUAAAAAGAGGACUCACCGUAGUUGCAAGCAUUGAGCAUGCUCAUGCAACGAUCCACACCUCAGAAGGUCUGGCGCUUACAAUGACGUCAGCAUACUCUUCCCUCCGGGGAGAUCAUACACAACUUCGCAACUAG